AUGCAUGCGAGAGAUCGUUGGUGCCCGUACGUCUUCGAUCUGGGCUUUUACGAUCCGCUAAAGUCGGGGAGCAUAGAUGGCAUAGUGGGACACGAUAUCCCACCCCACGAUAGAGCAGUUUGUAGCGCUCAAUCUUUGCGCUAUCGUCCAUCGAAGGGUGCCUUCUCAGAAAACAUCUUCAAACUCUGGAAAAAUGAGGAUGUCAUUGAAGUCUCACUCUUUAUCGGACGCCUCCAUCCAAGCGUGAAAUACGAGGAACUGCGUUCUGCGUUUUCCCGUCUUCUUGCCGAGAUAAAGAGAGCCGAGGCUGAGGUUGAGCAGCGUCGAAGCCGACGACAUCACAACCGUCAUUACAAUCGUGAUCGUUCCCCAUGGCAGCGAGAGAACAGUGGCGGCAGUAGCGCUUCCCUCUGGCCCCUAGUGAGGGUGGUAAAGCAUCCUAUUACUGGUGUAUCAAGGGGCUAUGCUUUUGCCUGGUUCGAAUCCCCUCGAGAUGCCCGUCGUGUGCUAGACACAUGGCGGGCCUCGUCCAGUCUCUUCUGUCCCAAGCGCUUCGCUCCCGGCGAUGGAAUAAAGGUCGAUUUGGCUCAAAUUUUUGGGGAUAUGCCAUGCUGGGAACAGCUUAUCGUGGAGCCCUCCUUCAGCAGGAGCCUACCAGGCUGGAAGCCACGUCGUCUGGGCGGUGGACUAGGCGGCAUGAAGGAAUCUGGGCAAUUACGUUUCGGUGGUAUUGCACGGCCCUUUCGACGGCCCUUCAGAAGUUUUCGUGAUGGGGAGGGUUGA